UUGUUGAUGGGUUGAACUUGCUUUGAGUAGUCCUCUCGAAUUUUUAUUUUCAAAUCGCUACUUCAGGUAAUCUCUUUGAUUAAAUUAUUUGCUUUUGAUAGAGGGAAGGCAUUCGUCAACCAGCAAUUGCUGCUACUCGAAGGCUGCUGCAAUUUGCAGUAAGAGAUGCCGUGGCUACUUCUAGGCCAUCCAAUUCCAAUCUAGAAUCCUCACCUUCACUAAAGCGUCUUCGCUCUGUGGUCUCUACAUCUGUGGAGGACUCAUCCCUUCAAGAACGCCCACAGAGGAUACGUUCGGUUGCAAGAGCACCAAAUGCCAUGGCCACCGCUAUAAGAGCCGUUGCAGAAGCUGCAAAAGAUGUGGCAAAAGUUAGAUCGUCGGCUAAUGUGUUUGACAGGCUGGGUCGUGCUACUGGCGCUCUCGAUCCUUCAAGCAGAUUGGAAGAAUCUAAUCAAGCUGUUGCCGAAGAUGUACAAGAUCAAUCUUUUGCUGAUGCCUCAACUUACCUUCACAGAAGUAAUUAUAGAGGAAAGCAUAUUGGGAAGUCUACGUUGAACGAUGAUACUGCAGUGCUUUAUGAUUCAGCAUUAGAUGAAGAAGCUGAUCAUGGUAUCAGCAUUGUGAAUAAAGGGGCUAUAAAUGCCUCGAGAACUGGUGCACGUUUUAAAAACAUAGGCGAGACUCCACUUGUAGUCGAGUAUGGUGUUACUGACAAUGCCAAUGAUAUUUUGCACAAGUCACAGAAGGACCAAGAUCGACCAACAUUUGCUCCUGGUGCUCCUCACCAGCCAAUGAAUGUUCCAUUAAAUGUGAAUACCUGGAAAUCACCUCAGUAUCAGGAGGCAAGACAAGCAUUGGAGAUAGAGAAUCAGAGAUCUACACAGAGCAGCGAAGGCUUGGCCAGCGAACCUGACAUGCUGUUGACAAAAGAAAGCACUAAUCCUAUUGCAGUUACUAAUGGAAAUGUGAAACCAUAUGCGGACACACAGAAGGAAUCUCAAAAGAUGGCUUCUAUUUAUCAGGGUUUGUAUUCUACUGGUCCACCUACAGAAGAUGCUGAUUCACGGACCAUCUUUGUCAACAAUGUUCAUUUUGCUGCUACAAAGGAUAGUCUUUCUCGGCACUUCAAUAAAUUUGGGGAAGUGCUUAAAGUGGUCAUCCUGACUGAUGCAGCAACUGGGCAACCCAAAGGGUCAGCUUACGUAGAGUUCAUGAGAAAAGAAUCCGCAGAGAAUGCUUUAUNGGCAUGCUCCGUGGACCAUGCAGAAUGGACUGCGGCCGCAGAGGUCUCUAAUGCGUUCCGCACAAAUAUGACCGCGGACCGCGCAGCUUGA